CCCAACGUCCUGAAAACCGAAAACAUAGCAGGCAACCAGGUUGCUCCAAAUACGCAACCCUCUCACUCUCCACUUCUUUCUUGAAAUUAUACCCAAAUUCAAUCUAUACAUACACCUAUCAAUAUAUAAUGUCUUCUUCUGAUGCCAAGAAACCCCUGAAGAAAGAAAAAGUUGAAGAUGAUGAUGAUGAAGAGCUUCUUGGGACUCUCUUGAAGAAAAAGAAGAAGCCAGCAAGUAAUGCUGCUAGUCCUAAAGGAACUCAACCCAAGAAGCAGCAACAAUCUAAGGUUAAAAAAGAAGAAACAUCUGAUGAUGAUGAUGAUUUUAAACAACCCAUUGUAAAGAAGGCCUUGAGUAAGGUCAAGGAAGAGACUUCUGCUAAAAAAAGUUCUGCCAAGAUUGAUGUCAAGAAGAAGAAAAAUGUGAAGGAGGAGAAUAAGAGUGUGGGCAAAAGUUCUGAGCAGAAUGGGACUAAAAAGGUUAAGAAGGUGUAUGAUAUGCCCGGACAGAAACGAGACCCGCCUGAGGAGAGAGACCCAUUGCGGAUAUUCUAUGAAACUUUGUACAAGCAGUUGCCUAACAGUGAAAUGGCGGCUUUCUGGAUGAUGGAGUAUGGUCUGCUGCCCAAGGAAGUGGCGAAGAAAGUUUAUGAGAAGAAACUGAACCGAACUCAGCAACAGAAACUAGGUUCACCUAUGAAAAAAGUCAUCACUGUAAAGAAACGUGAUGGAUCUGUUACUAUUAUUAAGAAGAAAGUAAUAUCAUCCUCCACUCCGAAGAAGCAGACACCAGAGGCAAAAGGUUCUUCAAAACCGUCCAAGAAGCGAAAGAUUGAUGAAGAUUCUGACACUGGAUCAGAUGAUGACUUUGUAUUGUCACACAAGAAGUCAAAGAAACCAAAGAAAUGCUGAUUUAAAUAUCCAACAAUCUAGUUCCUUCACUCCUUGCCCUGCAACCUGUGUGCUUUCUCAUACUAAGAUAUUUAACAGUUGUAUCUGCAUUGAAAGACAUUGUUGUUAGUAAGCUGUGUCUCGAACUCUUUAAAAUUGAAGUGCUACAAGAAGGUAUUUGCUGCCUGAUUUAA